AUGACCUCAUCGCCCACAAGGCCCAGCCGCGGUCGCCCUGCGCCUCCGUCCCGCCCGGUCCCCGAGGAAGGCGAGGGAAGGGCAAGCGCCAGCUCACCUGGUCCAGGGACGGGCAAGGAGCGGCGCGGCGCGACCCCACCCGGAGCCCGGCUUCCCCGCGGGACGCCGCGCCGGUGCCCGCGCACGGCCUAUCCGCGAUCUCCUCGGGGCCAACCCGGCCCCGGUCCGCGCUCCCGGCCGACGCGGUGGCCCGCGGGCGGGCAGCCGAGGGCCGCCCGGGAGGAGGUGCGGGCCGGCCGGCUCCGGGCUCCGGGCCCCGGGACGCGCCGCGGCCAGCUCGGGGCCAGCCCGGGACCCGCGGGCCGCGUCCCCGCCCCCACCGCCCCCGGAGCGGCCACGGUGGCCACUGCCGGCCCCCGACCGCGCUGCCCUUCGCGCCGCGCCCCGGCCCGGCCCCGACCCACCUGCGCUCCUGCCCCGGCCGGGGCCGCAGCAGCCCGAGGCGGCGGCGGGAGGCCUGGCUCGCUCCCCUCCGCUGAGGCGGACAGAGCGCCCAGCGCGGCGCGGCGGAGCCCAACGCUCGCCCCGAAACUCAUUUGUUUGGCUGGAACGCCGUGA